AUGAGGAGCACGCCGGCCAGCAAGCAUCGAGCGCUGGCAGUCCGGCAAGCGGAAGAUGAGCUAAUCAAGCGGCCUACCCAUUCGGUCUACCACCAAGAGAUCCUCACAGAGGACGAGUAUACUGCAGCCCUGUCAAAGAUCAUCCAGCGAGACUUCUUCCCAGAUCUGCAUGCUGCAGAAUGUGCCAGGGAGACUCAAGCGGCCCUUGCAGCCAGCUUGGAGCGAAUGCAUAGCCGAGCCGAGCGCAAGGGUCCUCUUGUGACGCCAACACCUUUGCGCAGGGAUCUAGGCUCUACGCCAGGUGCGACGCCGCUCCGUGGCGCUUCGCCAACUCCCUCAGUCAUGUCGACGCGUAGCAUGAGGCCUACAAAUGAUCCAUCUCAACACUCGCUUGACCAUUUUGUUACCCACUAUACCUCAGAAGACAACGCAUCCUUCGCAGAGAUCGUACAGAAGCAGAACGAGCUGCGACGAGUGCAGCACAGUUGGGCGUAUGACAUGGAAGCGCGAUCAAAUGCGAGACUACUACAAGCGCGUCAGGGCCGCGAACGGUUGGUCGAGGCUGUGAACAGAGCUCUCAUCGAAGGCGGCGGCGAAGUCAUGCUGCUCGAAGGCGCUGAACCUGGCCGGCCGAGUGACCGCUUGCUUCUCACAGGCGGCAAGACAUCGCUGAUCGGAGACCAGCUCUCCAUACAAGCUGCCAAGCAACACGUCAUAGAAGCAGGAGCACCAGAAAGCAGACUGAUCAAAGACUCUUCGGCUGCUAGUUCUGUGGAGGAUGCCAGCGAGAUGCCCCCGCCAGCGUUACCUGCGCGUGCUACGAAGGACGCUUCUGACGUUCGCAUGGAGGGCUGGUCAGCCAAAACGCGUAAUGCCUUUUUCUUUUCGCCAGACGCAAAUGAGAGCAUUGUCGAGCGGUCCAUCAAGCCCAAGCCGAGGGAUCCGACCCUGCAUCUGUACGCCGAACCAAAGUCGAUCAAUUAUGCCAAUACGCGCAUCAGAGAGCCGAAGAAGCGGCGUUCCCAGAGCUCUCGCGCACCGUCCAGCCCGAGUACAUCCAUCGUCGCAGAAGCCAUCAACGCAGAUGCGUCCGAGCCAGCUACACCGCGCAUACGCGGCUAUGGCUUUGUCGCGCCCAUGGCUUCCCCUACGCCAUCUCAGCUCGGCGAGACGGGUAUGAACGCACUCAUGACACAUGGCGUGCUGCAAGGCACACCUGUGGCACUACCACGCGAUGGAGAUUCUCCUUUCCAGCUGACCGAAAGCUCGCGAAGAGAUCGGCUCGCUCACCGUAUGGCGUCGCAAGCUUCUGCCAAUCUCAGAAGGAAAAGCACAGGCAUGGAGCCCUCGAGCUCGAAGCGGUCUCGCAUUCUGGAUUCGCCGAAUACGCCAAGGACGCCUCAAGCGAUGCGACAGAUGCUCAGUCCUGCAGCUCGGCUGAUCUCGAAGAAUUUGCAAAAGACAAAAGCUGCGAAAACACGAUUGGACACUUAG